GGGCGCCCCCGGCCGGCGGAAGCCCGGCGCGCCCCUCGCCAGGCCGGGAUCGGGGCGGGGCGCGCGGCAUCCCCGCGGGGGGAGCGGGUCACCCGGCCUUGUCGCCGCCGCCAAAGUUUCCCGGAGGAGCCGCGGGCCGCCCUUCCUCCCAGGCCCGGGGCGUGGGGGCGCGCCUCGGGCGAGAACUGUUUCCGAGGACAGCGGGGCCCCCUCUCCAGCUGCACCCCGAGCCUCCAUUGCGCCCAACUCGGAUUCCCAACUUGGGAGGCGCCGCGGGCCUGCGCACGCGCGCGCCUGCCUCGCCGCCUCCUCGUCCGCCUCCUCCCCCGCUGGGGAGCAGGCUCGGGCCGAGCCCGGCGCCCAGACCCGCAGCCCGGCGCGCUGACCUCCGGCCGCCGCCCCGCCGCCUCCGCCCAUGCCGACGCCGGCCGCCCGCCCGGUGCGCCCUCGCCCGCGGGCCGGCUGAGCGCGGCGUUGGCGGCGCCAGGGUGGGCCCGACCCGGCGCUGUCCUCGACAGCGGCAAGUUUGGGAGUUGCACUAGUUUGCGGGGUGGGGGAGAGGCCGGGAGGGGGGCCAUGGAGGAGGAGCGGGGGUCGGCGCUGGCGGCCGAGUCGGCGCUGGAGAAGAACGUGGCCGAGCUGACCGUCAUGGACGUGUACGACAUCGCGUCGCUGGUGGGCCACGAGUUCGAGCGGGUCAUCGACCAGCACGGCUGCGAGGCCAUCGCGCGCCUCAUGCCCAAGGUCGUGCGCGUCCUGGAGAUCCUGGAGGUGCUGGUCAGCCGCCACCACGUCGCGCCCGAACUGGACGAGCUGCGCCUCGAGCUGGACCGUCUGCGCUUGGAGAGGAUGGACCGCAUCGAGAAGGAGCGAAAGCACCAGAAGGAGCUGGAGCUGGUGGAAGACGUGUGGCGAGGGGAGGCGCAGGAUCUGCUUUCCCAGAUAGCACAGCUGCAGGAGGAGAACAAGCAGCUCCUGACCAACCUCUCCCACAAGGACGUCAACUUCUCUGAGGAGGAGUUUCAGAAGCACGAAGGCAUGUCAGAGCGGGAGCGGCAGGUGAUGAAGAAGUUGAAGGAGGUGGUGGACAAGCAGCGCGACGAGAUCCGUGCCAAGGACAGGGAGCUCGGCCUGAAAAAUGAGGAUGUCGAGGCUCUGCAGCAGCAGCAGACCCGGCUGAUGAAGAUCAACCACGAUCUUCGGCACCGGGUCACAGUGGUGGAGGCCCAGGGGAAGGCCCUGAUUGAGCAGAAGGUGGAGCUGGAGGCAGAUCUGCAGACCAAGGAACAGGAGAUGGGCAGCCUGCGGGCAGAGCUUGGGAAGCUGCGGGAGAGACUGCAGGGCGAGCUCAGCCAGAAUGGGGAGGAGGAGCCCGAGACAGAGCUGGGCGGAGAAGAGUGCGUCUCAGAUGCGGAGAAGGUGGCCAUGGAUCUCAAGGACCCCAACCGCCCCCGGUUCACGCUGCAGGAGCUGCGUGAUGUGCUGCAUGAGAGGAACGAGCUCAAGUCCAAGGUGUUCUUGUUGCAGGAGGAGCUGGCCUACUAUAAGAGUGAAGAAAUGGAAGAGGAAAACCGAAUACCCCAACCUCCACCCAUUGCACACCCAAGAAUGUCCCCCCAGCCAGAGUCUGGGAUCAAGCGACUUAAAGAAGGUCCUUUAAGUGACGGGUUUAGCUUCUUCUCCCGAGAUAAAAAGCGCCUAGCCAACACCCAGAGAAACGUGCACAUCCAUGAGUCCUUUGGCCAGUGGGCAAACACCCACCGCGACGAUGGUUACACAGAGCAAGGACAAGAAGCCCUGCAGCACCUGUGACCUUGGCUGCCUCUGCCCUUGGAUGUGAACCAUCUACAGCCAGCACUUGCAACCAAACCUGCAGCCCAGAGGUCACUGCCUCAUGCCUCUUGAUGCAGAUGCACCCUCAAAACGGCCCCCUCAAACAAACUGUCUGUUUUGAGGAUGGACAUCGAAAAACUGAAGCCAAACUCUAAAGAAAUGUAUAUUUAUACCCAGGGCUAUCACCGUUUAUAAUAGAUAACUCUGAUCCCUUAGGAUAUAUAUAUUUAAUAAUCCCAUGAACUGAGGCCAGACUUUUGCAUUCAGUAACACAAGCUUCUUGCCACUACCAUUGCCGUUUGACUUGCUUUGUAUAAAAUCCUAUGUGUAGAGGUUUUAUUACCAUGUUUGUCAUACUGCCGUGGGAGGCAGGAAAGGGAUAGCUUUUUAUUAGUUACAUCAAUGAAAUUAUCAUGGUGGUAGCAUAUUGUUUAGGAUGCAUUGACUGGACAAUCACAGGAUGAGCUGGCACAACUCAAACACAAAGCAACAGAAAAUACAGAUGACAGCCCUCCCGUGCAGGUUGGAGACAACUUUGUAAGAGCCCAUGGUAUCUCUACUGCCUUGUUCUUGAUAAUGCCUAGAGCAUGUAGCAAUGUUCAAGGCAGUGUGCCUUGGAAUCUGCUGUGAGUUAUGCAGUACUAACCAAACAAAGUGGCUAAUGAUGAGAUGUUGCAACA